AUCUGAGUAUUUGUAAAUUUAUACAAGUACCUCAAAAUUGAGUUGCAGUGGGCAGAGAGGAGCUGGGACACUAAUAAUGGUUGUAAUCAGUUAACUGUAUGAACUUGUUAUGGGAGAGUGGAGCUUCUUGGUAACUUUAAAUGAGUGGUUUUAAACACAUGAGAAGAAUAUAGCCUCUACGGUUAAUCUACACGCAGUGCACACGGUGUUUUGUGCAGGUUUGGGUCUGAAUUCAGUGUUUUUCACCACCUACCCAGAACCUGCUCAUACCCUGAUGCAGAACCAUCGUCUGCACAGAGAACAGAAUUAUUAAACUACGCUGUGACGAUAAUAUUCCACAGAACGUGACAUUACAAGAAGUCAUUCUUAAGCGAAUCUCUUGGAUCAUUUCACUUGUAGACUUCACAGUGUUAACACUCGUUAUUCUCAAGGAAAACUGGAAAAAAAAAAAAAAAAAAUCACAUUUCAAGACAAAAAACACAACGAUUGCUAGCUAACCGAACCGUCCGCGAGCGCAAUAGGAGCUCAGUGAGAAAGAGUCAGAGUCUGAGAGACAACAAACUGUAGGGACACGACAUCAAACAUCUGUCAUCUGUCAAGACGAUGGAUAUCCCUGCAGAGUUUGAACGCCUCUUAGAGGAGAUGGAGUGGGGAGACGUGGUUGACACUUUUCAGGCGGUGGUAACUGAUAUGCUGGAUGACACACCUGACCCUCUGCCUCCGCUUCCUGCACCUUCACCUUCACCUUUGCCCCCUCCUGCUAUCCCCACUGAGCAGGGGUUUGACACCGAGCUAGAGGAGAUUCUGAGUGGAGGAUAUGGUGGGUGCAUCCCCGCGGCUGCAACUCCACGCAGCUUUGAACAGCCGUUGGCGGCUCCUACUGGACUGAAUGUUAGACAGGCUGCUCCCAUUAUCUACCAACAACCUCUGUAUGAUCAAAAUGUCAUGCAGUCAAGUCAAGGUUACAGCCAGGCAGGUCCUUACAGCCAGGGUCAGAACCUGCCAUAUCAGUGGCUAUGAUGGCCCAGGACCAUCAAACGUCCGUGCUCCCCCACAGCAGUUUAACAAUGUGCCAGUGAUGGGCAUCCCUCCAGACCUGAAGGAACGCCUGGUUCCUUUUAGAAUAUUCAAAGAAGGGAUUCUUUACAGGCUUCCAAGAGCUCUAGCUCCUGCUGCUCCUCCACUGAACCCCCCAGUCUCACAAAAGAGACAACGUGAGGCUCAACAAUAUGCUGACCGGCCAUACAUUAAAAAGCCGCCCAACGCCUUCAUGCUCUUCAGGAAGGAGCAGAGACCAAAUGUUGUAGCUGAGCUGAACAUCACUGAGAGUGCCACAGUGAACACUAUCCUUGGACAGAGGUGGCAGGCAAUGUCAAAAGAGCAGCAGGCCAAAUAUUUUGAAGAGGCUGACAGAGAGAGACAGCUCCACGAACAGCGAUACCCUGACUGGUCACCGAAGGACAACUAUGGCAAAAAGAAAAAGAGGAUCAGGACCAAGGAUUCCACCUUAGCUGAAGCGUCUGCAUCUAAACCUGAUGAGGUCACACAGCAAGCCAAGAAACAGUGUGUGACGCCUGUGCAGAUCGGCAGCGAUGGAGCCCUCUACCUCACAGGCAGCUGCCAUGGAGGCUGCUCGCACACGAACAGGCGCGAUGCAAGCUCCGGCCUUCCCGACAGUCCUGGUGCUGGGUGCUCCUCAGACUGAGAGAGGAGGCUCGGCGUCUUCUACCACCACACGGACAGUCCUGGUGAAGCUGCCUGACAGAGAGACUCCAGUAAUUGUGCCUUUGUGCGACCUCUGUAACCUGCCGCAAGUGACUCUUGGAGCAGAAUUCACCUCCCGUCACUCCGCAGCCUCGGCUGCCCUCUUCUAAACCCUCUUUCACAACAAAUUCAUUGUCAUAUAUGGUGCACUUCAUCUUCAGUUUCUUUUCCAUCUUUUACAUUUUCCCCAGACUGGGGAAAAUGACACUUUCCCCGGCCAGACUGAGCCAUUUGGAGCAGAGGGCCUCGGUGAGAAAGGUGAUCAAGAACGCGACGGCCUCUCCGGCUCUCCCUCAGGAAGUUUCUUCACAGAGGUCACCUCUCUCACUGAGGCCCGUACUUAGCUUGGCCAGGCAGCCAGCUCUGAGUCACCUCUGAGUCACCUAGAUCUGUGCCUCAGCACAAUCUCGACUCUGGGCUCCACAGACAAUUCCCUCGACCUCAAGGCUCGGUUUUUGCUCCGAUGUGGAUCAUCAGCUGUGAGACCUUGUGUAGACAGGAGCGUGCCUUUCCACCUCAUGUCCUGUCAGUCAAAUUUACCAUGGGUGGACUCCAGUCAAGGAGUAGAGGCAGCUCAAAGAUGAUCCAGAGAGAUGGGAGGAACCUGGGCCAAAUUUCAAAUGUCAUUGCAAAGGACCAAAGGGUCAGUCACCCUUUUCUUUUUUUCCACCUUCCUUUGCAAAAAUGACUAAAACCAAAUUUCUGCUUUUUGUAAUUAGGGGGUAAUGACCAGAGACUGUUGAGGAAAGUUCUUUCUUUAGAACAGGGCUGCAACUACAAAAAAUGAAAAGCUGAAGACUUUCCAUCUUUUGCACCUUAUGCAGUGAAUGAGUGAAUAAAUGAUUGCAAGCAUA